CCAAACAUCUGUACCCCCCCCCCCCCCAGCCCACACAAAAUCCCUAAUUCUGCGAUCGGAAAUCCCCAAUUCACCGGCGUUGCAAUGUCGACGGUGCCUUCGACGUCCGCGGCAGCUAAUUCAUCGUCGUCGCAGUACUCUUACUCAAACGGCACAUACUUUCCGACGCCGUUUCAUCUCCAACAACAACCUCCUCCUCAGCCCUACAUCGGCGCUGCUCCUCCCCCCGUACAACUUCCUGGUCCUUCCGUCUAUCCUGCUCCUGCUCCUAUUCCGGGCGUUUACACUUUGCCUCAGUUUCAACAAGCUCAGCAGUUAUUCCAAAGAGAUGCUCAGACAAUCACACCUGAGGCACUUGAAAAUGUGAAAGCUGCACUUGCAAGCAGCGAAAUUGAGCACAAAGCUGAGGCCAAGAAGAAAGCUGUACCUCGUAAGGCAGCAGGACUAAGUUGGGAAGAUCCUACUCUAGCAGAGUGGCCAGAGAAUGAUUAUCGUCUAUUCUGUGGUGAUCUUGGGAAUGAGGUGAAUGAUGAUGUCCUAUCAAAAGCCUUUUCAAGGUUUCCAACCUUUAACAUGGCUAAGGUUGUGAGAGACAAGCGGACUGGUAAAACCAAGGGAUAUGGAUUUGUGAGUUUUUCCAACCCACUAGACCUUGCGGCAGCACUUAAAGAAAUGAACGGGAAGUAUGUUGGAAACCGGCCGAUCAAACUUCGCAAGAGUAAGUGGCAAGAGAGGAUUGACUACGAAGCUCUGGAAAGUUCGAAGAACCGAUCACAUAAGAAACCAAAGCUAACAAAGAAGAGUAUAUUGCACAAGUGAGCGCCAACCAUGAUAAUGGCUCAAGCGUCAAGAUACUUGAGACGUAUUUUAAAUGUGUCUUAAUCAAUUUCUUCACCAUUGUUGCUGUCCGAGAAAGCAGGGACAAAUGACAGUCCUAGGACACAAAUACUAUUUGAACCUCUGCAAUUUGUUAUUUACAAUGCUGUAUCCAUCAGUUGCUGGUUAAUGUAUUUCUUCCUCCUUUUAAGAGCCUCUAGGAGAGUUCUGAAUGAUGGAAUCCUUUUGGCAACCAUAGAUUGGUGGAUGGGGAAACUGUUGUAGUUUGGAAACUUUGGUUCGUUCAGAAGAUAAAUUGCAGUUUCAUACUUUCAUUAAUGUAUCAGUUGAAUUGAAGGAUGAUGAAUGUAUGGUCCAAUGUUUGUGCAAU